GUCACCACAGCGGGUCUACCUGCGCAAGAGUCGCAUUCCGUCACCUACCUCUGCGAUUGGCCGGUGAGCCUCGAAGGCUUCGAAAUUCCAGUUUUAAAUUUAGAAAGUUAUUUUAGUGCUUGUGUUCAGUUUGGUUUCUCAAAAUGACAACAUUAUAAGAUUAACCAUGUGGCGCAUAGCGUGCGUGCUGGCGGUCGUGGGCGCUGCAUUCGCGGAGCUGGCCUUCAACGGCGUGAGGUGCGGCCAAUUGACCUGCCAACUCGAGGAGUAUUGCAACUCCGAUACCAAUCGCUGCGCACCCUGCAGCGGUGUGUGCAACAAAACGCACCACAACUACGACUCCGGGUUGUGCGACAAGGAAUGCUUAGGUUACCUGCUUGACUUGAGAUAUGCCCGGAGAACAGACAACUCCGCUCCUCCAGCGGAUUUUAGUGGUGUUCAACGGCAGGCGCAGGCAGCACUUAUUGUAAGUGGAGUGGCGCUUGCUGUGCUUCUAUUGGUGCUCAUCAUCGUGUGUCGGGGUAGCUUCUCAUGGCGAUCCCUCAAGCAGAAGUUUCAACCUGCUAAGAAUCGCGUGAAGCAGCACCCGACAGACUUGACGCAUUACAACCCUCACGCUGAGAUGCCAAAACCUAAACAUGAGCUGAAACUGGAGAUCAGGAACCCUGAGCCGCCCAAGCGUCAGAAUCAGCCGCUGAACGUGCGAGACCUGGACACCAGGACCUCUCACACUGAGAAGAGCCAGGGAGCCACCACGCCCAAGACGAUUAGCACAGCUCUCAGCAACAGACAUCCAGCGGAAGACACCACGCUGGACUUCUCGUACGACAACAUGGGUAUGAACGUGACCCCCCCAGAGCAACCGGCUGCCAGCCACAAGUUCUGAGGUCCGGCAGUCACUUUCGGGGGUAGCUCGGUCAGGUAUAUACAGGUAACCCACGACAUCACUACCGACACGUAAAUUUCGAAAUCGAAACCCAAUUUUGUACGACCUUUUAUUCGAAUGUGCCGCCGUAUCGCAGUAUUAUAAUAAGUUUAAAAUCGAUAAGAUUAUUUUAUAGGUACUUAUAUGGAAACUUUGUAGUAAUUUAAUUUUAUAAUGUUGUUGAAUAUACAGCUCAAAUCAAAACUGUACUUAGAAAGAUGAGUCAUUUAUAAGUAUGUGAGUUGAUUAGCAUUCUACUUUAGAUAAAUAUAUCACAAUAAUUGUAAAUUUUGGUGAUUUUACUUAAAUAUUAGAUUAUAAAGUUAGAUGUAAAAUGUUACGUAUAUUACUACAAUUUCAUCACAAAAGAUGUUUGAAACCCGUUCUUUGAUGCCGUGGAGUGUACUUCACAAAAAAGUCAUGUAAGUAUUCUUCUGUAUCAACUCUGCAUAGUUUUAUUAUUCUCCUAUUGUAGAAAACAUUAUGCAAAAUACUUAGAUUAAGUUACUGUAAUAACUAUACGAGUACAUCAGGGGGUUAAAAAGGCCACAUCAAAGCAAUUCAUAAAUAAAUAAAUAAUCUAAAAAAAGCAAUAUUGCAAUUUGACAUUUGCGCAUAUAAAAGUAAGUGCGCAAUGCAAACUAAUGUCAAAUAGCAAUAUAGCUAUUUUAGGUGAAUUGCUUUGAUGUGGCCUUUUUAACCCCUCAGUACGUCCUUCAAUGUGCAGCUAUUGUUUUGUGUAAGUACCCCAUGGUUGAAAUCAUAAGUAUGGUAAAUAUAAUAUUUUGUUAUAAAUAUCCGAAUAGCCCGUAGGUAUAUUUGCUUGAUAAUUCCAUCCAUUGUGUAACGUUUAAUUAAAAGCAAUCAUCCUAGUUGCAUCUAUUGAUGCAACUACUAAAAUUAAAAAAGACUUAUUAGUCUUUUUAAUAAUAAAUAAUCUGAUCUGAGCUUAGAUGACUUUAGUAGUUGAAAAUGUAUUCAAUCUAACGGUUUCACCUACCAUACGAAAUUUCAAACGUGUAUUUGUAAAGUUAGGAGUGGGAGAGACGGAUAAAAUUAAUAUUUGUGGUUAUGCAAAGCUCAAUGUAAUCGCAUUACAGUUCAAGUUAGUAGAUAAUAGGUAUAAUAUACGUUUAGUAAGUAUACUUUAUUUUUAGGUACCAACGCUAAUUUUAGCUGUAACGUGUAUUCCUAGAGCAAUACUUUCAAGAGAUUAGUAAAUUUAUUGAUAAGUGUUUACGCCAGAUUUUGAUUAAGUUCUUAGAAAAAUACAAGAAAAUCCGUACUUAGAAGGCGGUCUCCAUUGAUUUAUAAUGUUGUUAUCUAUGUUUUUUUUUUGUGUGUACUUACCUACAUUUUUUUAUACCUUUCUGUUUACUCAUAUUUCAUUGUUUUCAUCAAUUUGCUAAUUAAAAAGUCAAUAUAUUUUUUGCCUCUAACUCGGAACAAAAAUAGUAAUUGAAUAUGAACAUAUUUUAUUAAACAGAGCUUUGCUUGGGUUUAAGUGAACUUUCGUCAUAAAUUAUUUAAUAAAAUUAUGUUAUCCGAAGCUUAGGUACUUAUUUUCAUUUUGUAUAAAAUAAAUAAUGCAACAUUAUCCACCUUACAAAUAAAAAAUAAACCGGGGAUGAACGUGGGUUUAAGUAUUUGACAUCCAAGCAAAGUUCAGUUGAAUUGUAUGAUAAUUGGAUUCAAUUUUGCUUGGCUGUCAAAUACGUUUAUCCUUGGUUUAUUUUUUAUUUGUAAGAUGGUAUAAUGUUUUUGUGUAUUUUUUUAAGAUUUCUAAAUUCUAAAUCCAUACAUUGUAGCUAAAAGUUUUGAUAACUGAGUUAAAUUAUAUGUAGAUAGAGUUCUCAAAAUCUGGCAUAAAUAUUCACGAACAUAUUCAAUUAGAAUUUAAGACAUCGUUUGUGGAGUUUUGUUAAAAUUUUUGUAGAAAAAUAAUAGUUUUACUUGUUGCGUAUCGAGUUCGACUCGGGUUAAAAUAAAGAAUUUCAGCUUGGCUGAGGUAGUUUUUAUUUUGAAUGUAAUGUCUUAUGUGUCUGUCUGUCUGUCGUGUCUGCUAUGUUAUGAUUGACGAUGUGUGACGUCUGAACUUUCGUGUUAUUAAUUGUCGGGUACACAUUGUCGUAGCAAGUAUUACAUUACAUAGUAAGUGCUAUAUUGUCACUACAUUCAUGUAAUGGGCGUGUAUUCUGAAAUAGGAAAUAUUUAAUUUAUUUUAAGGGUAAGCAGUUACAAAUCAAUAGCCAACUCAUUAUGUAAAUCUUAUUCAAUCAAUAAACACGAUCCUCAAAUAAGGUUUAUCGUAAGUUUUCUUGAACAAUAUUUUCGCUCAGAUUAAUGUUAUCUACCCACUUAGGCCUUUGACUACUUAGAAAUUGCUGGAACCUUACAAUAAUAAAAAGCUUUUAUUCAGAAAUAUCUAAGCUUUACCAAGAAUUAUUAUAUAUUUCAGAAUGCAUUUCUCAUUGUCUUUAUCGUUUUGUAUAUCAUUUGUAUUCUGUGAAUCCUUAUGUAUGUUAAUGCUACUGCAAUAUUGGUAUAAUAUAUCGGAGAAGUUAGCCGGUUGCAGAUCAAUUUUCUCGUUAGGAAUAUUAUUUUUACAUUGAAAGUUUAAAAUAUAAUUAAACGUUUCAUUUGGCUCGAAUAUUUAAAUGAUUCCAGAGCCCGAGGGUGUGUGGGAAAUUAUAGCUCUUUGAUGAAUACAUUAACGCAUGCCAGUUUAAAUGAUUGUUCAAAAUACGAUAUAUUAUAAUAUUAAAACUUCAUACAGCAUCAUACAGGGUGUUUGAAGGCUGAUUCAGGCCAUGUUUCUGUGUUGAUAUUAAUUAGAAUUUUCCGUCGCAAAAGUAUGGAACAGAAAAUAAUCUUAAAAACACUAAAAUUUUCAUAAAUUUUCAAACUAUCUACUUGUAUGUACUUGUAUAGGGUGUAAGUGACAUCUUAACCAAUACUGAGGGAGAUGAUUCAACUCAUUAUACUGAGUUCACAUCAAGUGGAAUUUUCCAUCGCAAAAGUAUAGAAAUGCAAAUAAUUUAAAAAUACACAAAAAAGUACAUGAAAAUUCCACUUGAUAUCAACUCAGAAUCAUGGUCUGAAUCAUCCCCCUCAGUAUUCGUUACGAUGUCACUAACACCCUGGAUAUUGAAAUCACUCUCACUGGACACGGCUUGCUGCCUGCGACUGGCGGGGCUGUGUUGACAUGCGUUGCUGGGUGCCUUUGUACUUUAGUCCAGACUACUUAGUAAUAUACCAGAUUUAUAAUAAAAAUAACGCACAUUUAGUAUUGAAGCAUCAAUGAAAUUUAAACUUAUUUAUAAAUAGACGAAGACGAGGCAGCGUAAGAAAAUAAUUAGCUAUGACUGACACACGUAAUACAAUAUUUGUGAUGUGUAUUUUAGCACUUAAUUAGGUCAUUAGCUCAGAAUAUGAAUUUAAACCCUUUAUUUGGAUAUGUUGUCUGGUUUUAAAUUGGAGUCUUCUGAAAAUAAACCAGAAAGGUUUUCAGAUUGUCAUUUAAGAUGUGGUGCUUUUACGAAAUUAAAUUGGAAUUUAUUUACUAGAGAACGGGUAAUGUUGCUGUGGUGAUGAUAAAAUAAACAUCUGUAGGAGUUAUUCCUUGGAUAGAAGUCAAGGUCUUGGCAACGCUGCCUCUUCAAACACGAAUGCUCUAACGACUAGUGUUCCCUGUGUCACGCACCUGCAACUCUCUUCCCGCACAUUCCGUUAUUUUUGUUCUCAAAAUAUAAAAUUUUAAAACUAUGUCUCGAUGCUCGCGAACUGCUACAUCACUACGAGUGCUAGGGUUAUCACAAAUCUUGAUCACAAUCAGAUCAUUUCAUCACAUUUUUCUUGUUAAACAUUAAAAUGUCUUUGAUAAAUAAUUAGGAAUAAACUGCGCCCAAUUAAUUUUUGCAUCACGAUUUUUUAUGAAUCUUUUUAACAUUAAAAUUUUGACUUCGUUUUGAAUCUCUUUUUACUUAAGUAGUUGGUAAAAUAAUGUUUGCUUUUGAUAUGAAUUCCACUAACCAUCACAAUGAUAAUUAUAACGAUAACGUAACACCAUUUUAAUUAUUAUAAAUUAUAUUAUUCUAGAUUAAUUAGGUUUUAAGGUCCGAACCGUCCAUACAAAUCAUUCCAUUAGGGUAUUGUAAGAGUUAUUUAAAAUCAUUUAUUUAACUGUUAAUUAUAAGUAGAGAUAAGUAAUUUCGAACGUAACAGUAUGAGUAAUUAUAAAUUUAAUAUUUAAAGUCGGAAUAUCUACUUAAAGGACUCUCGUGGCAAUAUCGUACUUAAUUUGAUAGGCUUAACAAGGUUUUGAAUAUUAAUUUUAGUACUGACUUUGAUAGGAUUCAAAAUUGGAGAUCUUUUUCAUAUACUUACUAGAAAUUAUCAGCCAAAAUAGGUAGAUAAGUACCUCAAUAUUACCUCUGGAAAUAAUUUUGCAGAAUCUCACUACGUUCUUCGGUUUUUAGGUACGAAGAGAACAAUUUAAUAAUUAAGGAAAAUGGUUAAAAUAAAAAGAAUAUCUUACCUAAACCUACAAAGUUCGUACUGAACAAGUGUAUUAAAAAAUAUUUCUUGAAAAUAUUUUAAUACCCUUAACUUAGUCUGUAGAUGUAAGUUUUAAUAUAUGUAUAUACAAUGGAACCCUCAGGAAAUCCGUCCACUAGUUAAGGAUCGUAGAAAUGUCGGUGUGUGACAAUUUUGUUAUUAUUUAGGGUAAAUUGAAAUAUGUUGCUGUUAAUAUUAAUGGAAUUACAAAUAAACUUUUAGAGAUCAA